AUGGUGAGCGACAACCACUUUGGUCCUCGACUGCCGGGCCUCUUUGACUUCACCAUCCUCUUCGAGCAAAGUAUCCUGUCAUUGCUGCCAACAACUUUAUUUGUACUGCUAACCCCAUUACGCAUCAUUCCUCUGGCAAAGACAAAGAACAAGGUCGCCCAUGGAAAGCAUUUGUACUCCAAAGAAGCAGCCAUCUUUGUGUAUGCCUGCCUUCAGAUUACCCUUCUUGUCCUCUGGAUAAAGGCACCCGCCCCAAAAGCAAAGACCUCCGUUGCGGAGCCAACAGUUGCAAUUAUAGAAGCUGUCGCCAUAGCCGUACUGUCCUAUUUCGAGCAUGUCAAAUCUACGCGGCCAUCUGUCCUCCUCAACGGGUAUCUGGUCUUAACCACAAUCCUUGACAUUGCCCUCUCCCGAACGUUCUGGAUCCGAGAUGGCGCCAACGCCAUCGCAGGCGUCUUCACCACGUCUUUGCUAUGCAAAUCAGCGCUCCUGGUCCUGGAGGAGCUCCCCAAGACACCUCUCCUGGCUGACAGGACAUAUUCGAAGGAAACAUCGUCAGGCAUUAUCAGUCGCAGCCUGUUCUGGUGGUUGAAUGGGCUGUUCUGCCGGGGCGCAAAACAUCUGAUUACCAUCGACGACUUGGACAACAUCAACCACAAGCUAAAUUCCGAGUCACUUCAUGACAGACUGAACGCCAGGUGGGAAAGCCACUCUAAGGAGAGUUCCUUGGCCUUACUAUCAUGUACCUUUGGCACCUACAAGUGGCAAUUUGCUGCAGGCGUGAUCCCGAGACUCCUCUACUCAGGGUUCAACUUUGCACAGCCUUUCCUCAUUCGAGAAGUGAUCACAUACAUCGGUAGCUCGGAGGGAGCAUGGUCCACCCAGAUUGCCAGCGGCCUCAUAGGGGCAACGGUCCUCAUCUUUAUUGGCCGUGCUGUUGCUGGUUUAUGGUAUAGACACACGUUGAACCAGAUGGUGACCAUGUACAGGGGCUCCCUAGUCUCGCUGAUCUAUCAAAAGACCCUUGAGCUGCAGACGACGAGCAUCAAGGAAAACGCCCCGGUCACGCUCAUGUCAACCGACGUUGAGCAAUUGCUGGGGGCAACCGGCCUGCACGAGAUCUGGGCUUGUUUCAUCGAGCUCCCGGUCGGGGUCUACAUUCUAUACCGUCAAGUCGGACUGCCGAGUUUGUUCAUUCUGAUCCCUACCAUCGUCACAACUCUUCUGAGUGGCGCUUUGGCCCCGGCUAUGGAGCCAGCCCAAAUGGCGUGGAAUGCAGCUGUUCAGGAGCGAGUCGGGCAGGCAUCCGGCAUGCUCCGUCAGAUGAAAGGGGUCAAGAUGAUGGGACUCACUGACUAUUUCCAACAGGUGAUUCGGAGCCUGCGAAUUCGUGAGAUCAAGACAUCGAGAAGGGUGCGCUGGCUCCUUACUGGUCUUACCACACUGAGUAGCGUCUCGUGGGAUAUUACGCCAUUGAUUGUCAUUUUGGCAGCGAUCUAUUGGACGAAGGCAGGAGAAGGAUUGAGCAUCACAGAGGCCUUCACCUCGCUAUCCAUUAUCUCCCUUGCAACGCAGCCCAUCAUCAUGCUUAUUGUGUCCUUGACGCAGGCCGCUGGCAUCUGCGGCUCGUUCAUGCGGAUCCAGACAUUCUUGAUGUUGGACAAGCAUGCAGAUCUCAGGGCCCCUGUGGUCCCUGAGAAGAAGCACCAGAAGGACAACUCCCCUGCGAAGGCAUUCUAUCUAGGAUCUCUGGAGAUGGAGGAUAUCGUGGACAACGAGAACUCACGCUUGGAAGCCACUGGGCCCGCAGUGAAGAUCACUGACGCCUCGUUCAAGGUCGGUGAGGAUAUCACACUGCUGCGGGAUAUCAACAUGGAGGUCCAUCGAGAGACAGUUUCAAUGAUCGUCAGUCGUGUUGGAGGCGGCAAGUCCUCACUACUCAAAGCCAUGGUUGGCGAGCUUGCCCCGGACAGUGGCGAGGUCAAAUCAGCCUGGCAGUCGUGCGCAUAUUGCGAUCAAGCGCCCUGGCUACAGAAUAUCAGCAUCAGAGACAACAUUGUCGGACUAACCCCACUCGACGAGGUCUGGCUCUCGACUGUCAUUUCGGCAUGUACAUUGGAUCAGGAUCUGUCGCUUCUGCCCAAGGGCGAGGAUACUCUGGUCGGCUCAGGUGGCAUCGCCUUGAGCGGCGGUCAAAGGCAGAGAAUUGCUCUGGCUCGCGCUGUGUACUCACGGAAGAAUCUGGUAAUUCUAGACGAUGUCUUCAGCGGCCUGGAUAACAAAACCUCCCGCACUGUUUUCCAACGGCUGCUGGGUCCAGAUGGUUUACUCCGGAAGAGCAACGCAACUGUUGUUCUUUCCACGAGCAACCCCGACUUGCUCUCUGCUGCGGACCAUAUCACCAUGCUCGAAGAAGGCCGCAUAGUUCGUAAUCAGGUGGCCUACGAGUCCUUCAAGCCUUCCGAUUGGGGCGCUCUUACGAAUGGACCCGAGGCUUCUGAAGCAGAUGAGGAAGAAGAAGAAGUCGUGAAACGUAUCGGACAGUUGACAAACACCACAGAAGACACCCUUCAAGAGCACGAUCUGGCACGGCAAACUGGUGAUUGGGAGUGCUAUAAGAUUUACUUCCGCUCACUCGGCUGGCGCUUUGCUAGCUUAUCUUUUGUCAUGAUCUCGGCCGCCGUUGGACUUGAGACUAUGCCAAGGGUAUGGCUCAAAUUAUGGACGGAGAAGGGUGCAGCGUCCCAAGACGCAGGCUACACCGCUGGCUAUGUGUCAUUCGUUGUGGCAGCCGUGCUCGUGGGCGUCACCUCUCUUGGGUUUUUCGUCAUGGUGGGCUUUGAGAAAUCGGCGAGCUAUCUCCACGAAACAUUGUUGCGGACAGUGUGCCACGCACCUCUAUACUUCUUCACCACGACUGAGAGCGGCACAAUACUCAACCGCUUCAGCCAGGACAUGACUCUGAUAGACCAGGUGCUUCCUCUCGCAGCCUACAUGACAGCCAUGCUCUUGCUACGUGCUGUCGCUCAGACAGGUAUCAUUGCCUCCGGGGCUAGCUAUGUCGCAGCCGUCAUCCCGUUCAUCGCCAUGGCUCUCCUCUUUGUUCAAAAGUACUAUCUCCGCACCUCGCGACAAAUGCGCUUCCUCGACCUCGAGAUGAAGGCGCCCUUGUAUACGCACUUUACAGAGACAGUCGCGGGCGUGGCCACCGUCCGCGCAUUUGGCUGGGCGCGGCCCUUCCAGGAGGCGAACACGCGCAAGCUCGACGUCUCGCAGAAGCCGUACUAUCUGAUGAUGUGUCUGCAGCUGUGGCUGCAGCUGGUGCUUGACCUGUUUGUGGCCGGCUUGGCGGUUGUCCUGGUAUCGGUUGCGCUCAAGGUCCAAAAUUCGACAUCUCAGGGGGCCAUCGCCCUGGCCAUGGUCAAUCUGCUUGACUUUGGACAGACUCUGACCAUCUUGAUUGGCCAGUGGACUGAACUGGAGACCUCCCUCGGCGCUAUUGCUCGACUGAAGCUGUUUGUCCAAGAAACGCCAAACGAAGACAAGAAAGAAGAGGUUGGCGGCACUGCAAAUGAAUGGCCUGCGCGAGGUGCCAUCACUUUCGAGGGGGUCACGGCCGCAUACAGUGAUGGUGGAAAACCUGUGCUGCACGACAUCUCCCACGGCAUUGCACCGGGUCAAAAGGUCGCCAUUUGCGGGCGGUCUGGAUGUGGAAAGUCUUCACUGCUGCUGUCGAUUCUCCGCUUGUUGGAGCUGCAGCACGGCACGAUUAGGAUAGACGGAGUCGACCUCUCCACUCUACCACGUCAACUUAUCCGGUCUCGCCUCGCCACUGUUCCGCAAGACCCCAUUGAGAUCACUGGCAGCGUUCGCGCCAACCUCGACCCAGAGACGCAGGUACAGUGUGACGAGACCUUGGUAGCAGCUCUGCAGAGGACCAACAUCUGGCCUCUCGUGGAGGCCCGCGGCGGCUUGGAUGCGGACAUGGCCGAACUUGGCUUGUCCACCGGGCAGAAGCAGCUAUUCUGCCUGGCACGCUGUCUGCUCUCUCGCAGCAAGGUUCUUCUGCUCGACGAGCCUACGAGCAGCGUGGAUCGUGAGAGCGAUAUGGAGAUUAGGAAGGUGCUGAAGCGGCAGUUCGAGGGACGCACUGUCCUAGAGGUUGCCCAUCGACUGGACGUUUUGAAAGAGUACGACCUCGUGAUAGUCAUGGGCGAGGGGAAGAUCCUGGAGUCUGGGAGGCCGGAGGUGCUGCUGGCGCAGGAGAGUGAGCUGCGGAGUCUUUGGGCUUCCCAGGGGUUGUAAACCCAGUGAAUGGACAUGUAUAUAUAGAAGAUGUAUCGAAAUAUUGAAAUCUCUGCUCUCCUCUGUCCCCAAGCUUCCAUCUUCACAUCACUGGCUCAUGUGGCCAAGUGUGUCGCAGCUUUGACGGGUUACCGUUUUGCCACUUUUUGUGCUAUCAUUCUAUGGCAUGGCCCACGGGGAGCGCACUGGCAGCCGCAGGGGACAUCGGAGGUGCUAAGGAGAGUACUUACCUGAUGAUUGUGGUUGACUUGGAGAUGAUAUUGGGUUGAAACUUGACGUUACCUGGUACAGCCAGAUGUCACGUGACUCCACCCUGUGCACGCUCAUGCUAAACUUUUGGUCCCGACAAACAAACCAAACCACCGCGCAACCAC